AUCCCAAUCCUUCGCCCACGUCUACUGUCAUGACUUCGGCCCCUUUUUCUGUGCUUUGAGUUUGGCAGGGUACCCUCCAUGUGACUCUGGACUCUCACGUGUCUCUCCUCAGGUGUUCAUAUAUGUUAUCUGAUCUGACUUGUCUCACGUGUCUCUCCUGUCUCUCCUCAGGUGUUCAUAUAUGUUAUCUGAUCUGACUUGUCUCACGUGUCUCUCCUGUCUCUCCUCAGGUGUUCAUAUAUGUUAUCUGAUCUGACUUGUCUCACGUGUCUCUCCUGUCUCCCCUCAGGUGUUCAUAUAUGUUAUCUGAUCUGACUUGUCUCACGUGUCUCUCCUGUCUCUCCUCAGGUGAGCCACAGCUUCACAGCAGGGAUCCUCCUCGCGUCGGAGAACAGUCGCUGCUCAUCGGCGCCCCCCCCCUCUGACAGGCGUUUGCCAUGGCGACCCGUCCUCCUCCCCCAGUCCUCCUCCCCCCCCAUCCCUCCAGAACGCUCCGUUAGCCCCGAUAGCAACGAUAGCAUCUCGGAGGAGCUGAACCACUUCAAACCCAUCGAGUGUUCGCCGUGCACUCCUCCCAGACGCCUGGCUGACGGACGCCUGGUGAUAACCUCCGUCGUGAAGUCCACCCCCAGGAACCUGAACCUGAGCCUGAACCAGAACCAGGACCAGAGCCUGAACCAGGACCAGAGUCUGAGACCCAGCAGAUACGAGGUUGGAGCCGCAUUGAUGCAGAAAUGGAGGCAGAUCGAACUGGACCGGCAGAAAAUGAAGUUAAACGGCAAUCUGAGCGGAGAGGAAACACCCUCUGAUCGGCACGGCAACAAGAGAUCCCCCUCUGAUCGGCCCGGCAACAAGAGGUCAGAGUCCCCCUCUGAUCGGCCCGGCAACAAGAGGUCAGAGUCCCCCUCUGAUCCGCCCGGCAACAAGAGGUCAGAGUCCCCCUCUUAUCCGCCCGGCAACAAGAGGUCAGAGUCCCCCUCUGAUCCGCCCGGCAACAAGAGGUUAGAGUUCGACUCUCAGGACGCCGUGCAGAGGAAGAAGAUCCACGUUCCUGCUGUCAAGGAGAGGAGCUCCUGCAGGAAGCGGGCCUUCUCUCCGGUCCUCAAGAACUUCAGGAUCCAGACCCGGAAACUGGGCCAGAACCAGAAGGAGUCCGAGCAGCAGGGAAGGAAGAGCCAGGAGAAGACUCGGCACCUGGACCUGGACCAGGACCAGGAGAAGACCUGGCACCUGGACCUGGACCAGGAGAAAACCCGGCACCUGGACCUGGACCAGGAGAAGACCCGGCACCUGGACCUGGACCAGGAGAAGACCCGGCACCUGGACCUGGACCAGGAGAAGACCCGGCACCUGGACCAGGACCGGGUUCUGGCCCUCCGACUCCAGAGACAGUUUGACCUGGAGACCAGCAGCCGGCCUGAAGCCUACUUCCUGCGAUCCUGGAGGUCCAAUCAGAACUGCAGGAGGCGGGGCCUGAGGAGGUCUCGGCGAAUCAGCACCAAGCACUAAAGGGGAAGGAGGAGAGGGAAUAUGCAAAGAGACUAUCGAUUCACCAGCACAUCACCAAACCCUGAAUCCAGAUGUAAAUCAGAGGGUCUUAAAGAUUCACUCUGGAGACCGUCUUUGGACAUUUCACAUUUAUAUAUUUUUAGACAUUUUAUUUACUCUUUAUUUUUUACAAAUCACAUAAAAAAUAUCAGAUUUUCUCCUGAAUUUAAAAUGUUGUUUUUCUAUCUUGGGUGUUUGGGACUUCCUGAUCUCUCAGGAGACGUUUCCUCCUCGGUUUGAGACUUUAGAUAUAACUUUCUCAGCUCUCUGACGUUAUGACAGACAGACAGACAGACAGACAGACAGAGAGACAGACAGAGAGACAGACAGACAGACAGAGAGACAGAGAGACAG